AUGGCACAUUUUGUGUACUCCAGCCAGAAAGCUCAAAGCGGCUAUGCUCUGACGUUGCAAAAGGGCCGCGAAGAAGUAGCCUUUGUGGGACGUGUUUAUGAUGGCUGGUCAAAAAUCCGAAAUGAUAUUCGCAACGGGAUCAAAACACUUCGAGCCACAAGAGGUACAGACCUCAGUUUUGAGGAUGCGGUGCAAGUAGCUGACCAGGUGUUGGAAUAUUUCCGUGAUGUCUCUGGCUCCAUGUGUCGUGACAUGGCCGAAAGCUUGGUUCGAAUGCCCGGUGGAAAGCAGGGCAAGGUGCCAUUGUCUGAAAUGCGGAAGAAGGACCUUUUCCGUGAGACGAUGGACUAUCUCCGUGCUGCCAAUGCCCUGGACGAGUCCACUCGUGAUCCUGUCGUGCUGGUUCCAAACUACAUGUUGGGUCCAUCCAACUGUGACGGCACCACUAGCUUCUACGACCUUUGCUGUCCGGACCCGUGUGAAGGCCAGCGUGCCUUCUUUGAGGAAGCCGUGAUGGAUGGCCAACCUGCAGUGGCCAUCGAGCAGAUUGCACGAGAGCAAGGCGCCUCCUCCCGUAUGUUGCCAAAGCUUCAUCAGCUGCUGGAAAGACAGGCAGCACUUCAUGGCCACGAUUUCUCCAUGUGGUUCCAUGAGGCCUUCCCGGACCGCUGCCCACGCCCCCUGAAGGGUGAUGCGGUGCCCGACGCCAAGGCAGAGUUCCAGGCAACGGCGCAGGUCGAGUCUUUAUUUGAAUGGUGA